AUGAAUAUUACUGAAGAAAAGUGGUCUAUUCAACAGCAAUCUCAGGUUCCACCCUCUCCUCACCAUCCACCUCCCGUAAUGUCGCCACAAAUGAACAGUAUGCCUACUGAUAACUUUAUGCAACCUUUUUCAUAUGACGGACAAACUGCACAUCAACAAAUCUUUGUAUCAAUGCCUCCACAAACAAAUCCAGCAGCUCGACAAGCAAAUUCUCCAAAUAAUAAUACAUCUAACCCUACUUCAGAUCGUAAAGUCUUGGAUAGUCGACCCGCUUUCACAACAACGUUUCACGCCACGCCUUUCCAAACUGGUGCAGCUAGGAAACGUAGGACUGAUGUGUUAGGUUUCGCACAAGAUGCUGGUCCAUUUUUUUCACCAACUCAACAACAUUAUAACAUUUAUAGCAUGGACAGGUCUUUAAACUACAAACUUCGUAUAAACUCAAAAGUAGAUCGUGGUUUCUUUUUGGCUGAUAACGACUGGACAUGUUACCGACGGAACUACUUUCAAAUAAGCAGUGCAUUCUCCAUUACAGGUGCAGCUCAUAAUAUUAAUGAAGCUGAUAUACCGUGCCUAAUUGAAGUUGAUGGACAAUUUCAUGCUGUCACUCAAUUCUUACUGGGUAUCACUGCUAGAGUUUCUAAUAGUGACAAAAAAAUCGAACUUGUACAACAUACUCCAAAACGUGAUAAAGGACCACAAAUGGUUCCUGUUCCAAAACCAAUUCGUGCUGGUGGAAAUUUAAGUCUAAGCUCUGUUGGAUCUAAUUCAAACAUCGUGACUUUUGAACGUAUUCAAUUCAAGACUGCAACCGCAAAUAAUGGUAAACGUCGUGCUGCACAACAAUAUUACGUUGUAAUGGUCGAUCUUUAUGCUCAAAUUGAUAAUGGUGAAUACAGAGUUGCAACAUCAACUUCUGCACCUUUGGUCGUACGUGGUCGUAGUCCUGGUCAUUAUGCUGAUAAUCAUGAUCGUUAUAAUCCAAUGGGAAUGAAUCCAACUUUCCCUAAUGAUCGUCAUAUGGGAUUCCCUCAUCCUCAAGGUCCAAAUGGUGCCCCUAUGAUGCCACCAGAUUUCAAUGGAGCUCCUUUUCCCGGACCAUACAGCCAAUACCAGCCCUUUUCAGGUUACCCCCCAGUGAAUGGGGGGCCAAUAAGAAAUGAUGCUUUAUUGAUGAUGGGAUCAAAUGGUCAAGCUCCUCAGUUUCAUCCUCAACAUCCUCAUCAACAAUAUAUGGUACAAGGUGUUGCUGAAAAUGAUAACUCUAAUCAAGAAAUGUAUAGUAAUGCAAAUAUGGACCCAACUAUUGUUAAUAGUUCUCAUGAUCCAAAAUUACAUGAAAUGCAUAUGGAAGGAGUUACUGCAACAUCUGGACCACACUCUGCAUUUUCUAAUUUCGAAUCUCGUCAGAUUCCGACGACAGUAGCUGGUUCAAAUUCUUCACAAGGUAGCAAACCAUUUAUGAAGAUCGAGAUCCCUCAGUCUUCUGAAAUUCCAGAUCAUCCACUAACUUCGCCCGCUUAUCAUUCACAAGAGUAUGUUGAGGGAUUCCAAAUGUAUCAUAACAAUGGUCAUCCCGCAAACAAUGCUUCAGCUCAUCACGGCGGUUACCAUUCAGAUAGUGAACAACAUAAUAUGAACGGACGACCAACAAGACCAGAUGGUUCCUUGGAUCACAAUCACUCACCACAAAUGAAGAGCGAUAAAUCCGAGCACAAUUCAAAACAAUUAUCAGCGAAUAAAACUAUCACAACUCCGACAACCGAAUUAGGAAAAAAUCUUAGCCAAUUAAACAUGAAUUAUCGAAUUAGUAAAAUUGAAGAUGAUAAACUGUAA